UACAGCAGUUCUAUACACAGCAUUGAGGCAUGCAGUACUCCUGCCUCAGCUGGAAUCUGGAUGUUAGCAGAACACUCACUACUGGAGAAUUCUAUUGCAGGAUCAGGAGAAGAAGCUUGGUGCUGUGGAACCCCUUGUCAAGCCCCAUUCUGUGGGAGGCAAUAUCUCUGAGCAGUUGGAUAUAUAAGAUGUAGAAUGCUCCCCAUUUCAGGAAUCAAACGACAGCCCUUCCUCUGGCCAUUGAAUGCAGAACCACCUCCCUGGAUUUGUAUGAUCCCUGAGGCACCUAGUGUUUUUCGGAUAGGUGCUGUACCACCUCCUAUAAUUGUCUCUUGCCCACAGCCAUCUCCUUUGCUACAGGGGUUCCCUCCCUGGCAAGUUCCCUGUGAUCCCUUUUUACCUUUGAUGUCAGUGCCCUCUGCACCAGACCCUCCUGUGCAUCAGUUCCCUCUGGCAAAUGGGCAGUGGGUUAGAGCUCAUUCUCCAGCAUUUGGAUUCACACCAUCUUCCAGUGUUGAACUGAUUCCUCUUUUUCCACAUGUGUACACAUCUACUGUCCCUCACCAUGCAGGAAAAUGUUGGGUCGAAAAGAAGAUACCUAAUUGCAAGAUAUAUCUCAAUAACUCCUUUGCUCUGGAUUCGUCUUGGAUGCAUCCUCCUGAGGAAGUAUUUUUAUUUAAGGGAUUUGAGAAGCCUAACUGCAGGGCUAGCCAAGUAACAAUGGCUAUAUCAAGGCCUACCACUGCCUCCAGACGUCUUCACACAGUUAUAUUAACCCCUCAACGUAUGACAGGUAAUUGCCCGAGUGGCAUUAAGCCAACUGGAAACAGCCAAGCGAUUGCAAUUACUGGUUCAAUGACUGCACCUCCAACAGUAUUAAUGGGAGUAGAUUCAGAAGCAUCUCAGGGUCUGUCCUCAGCAUCUGUUCCACCAUGCCAUAUGCUGACUAUGUCACCAAUCAAGGUCCCGUUUAUAGCUUCUCAUUUCCCGGGUGGUCCUUCAAAAAUUGAAGCACAUGUACCUCCGUUUCUACCUGCACAUUUUGCCAGACUGUCCUCUUCACCAGCAUUGACCUUAAUGACAGCCAGCUUGACAGAUCAAACAUCAAAUGAUAAAAACAAAGAAACAAAUCGACCCUCUUGCUCAACUGCACUGAUUUUACAUUCUGAGAGGACUAACGCAUCGAAGUCAGAUGAAAAGGAUAAUUCUGUAAGAUUAACAAAUGAAGAUGGCACAACCAAAGGCAACAAGCCAGUGGCAUCAACUCCAGUACCAGGAUCCCCUUGGUGCAUAGUCUGGACUGGAGAUGACAGAGUAUUUUUUUUCAAUCCUACAAUCCAGCUAUCUGUGUGGGAUAAGCCAAUUGACCUAAAAAACCGGGUGGACAUAAACAGAAUUAUUGAGGAUCCGCCUCAUAAACGCAAACUGGAAACUUCUGCAACUUGCAAGAAAGAUGGACAACUCUCUGAAGAUAAUAAUGAUGAUGAUAGCACCAAAACCAAGAGAAACAAAACUGAAGAUCACCUUGUUGACCAACAAGAAGUAGAUGAGGAGAACACUGGAAAGCCAUCUACCCUGGACUUGUUACCUCCUCUGGAAGAACGCAUGACAUGUUUUAGAAAUAUGCUUCUUGAGCGAGGGGUGUCAGCAUUCUCCACAUGGGAAAAAGAAUUGCACAAAAUAGUAUUUGAUCCUCGAUAUCUUUUAUUAAACUCAGAGGAACGAAAGCAGAUGUUUGAACAGUUUGUAAAAACUCGGAUUAAAGAAGAAUACAAAGAAAAACGGAGUAAAUUAAUGCUCGCCAAAGAAGAAUUUAAAAAGCUUCUUGAGGAGUCCAAACUUUCCCCAAGGACCACUUUUAAAGAAUUUGCAGAGAAAUAUGGACGGGACGAACGUUUUCGCCUUGUACAAAAGAAGAAAGAUCAGGAACAUUUUUUCAACCAGUUUAUUAAUUUGCUCAAAAAGAGGGAUAAAGAAAACAGAAUGAGGCUGAGAAAAAUGAGAUAAAAAAAAAAACCAUAUAGAUGUGCAAUAAAGAAUUUGUAUAUUGUGACUGCCAGACUAAAAGGGGAAAUAUUUUUUUUUGUUAGGCAUCUGUAAUCAUUUAUCAAAGGAAACUAUAUGUGAAAUGGAUACAGAGGUUAAAAUGCUCCAAUGGUUAGACGAUGUUUGUUUAUGACGGGUUUCUCUAAAUAAGAAAUGUCGUUCUUUGAGGAAUAAUGUUUCAUAUUGAAGCUAUUUUUUAUAACAUUCAGAGUUUAAUGUGCUUCAGUUUUCAUUCUAAGAUGUCAUAUUACAUGUCAUAUUAGGCUGUUACAAUUAUGCAAAUUAUUUGUAUGAUGCACAGUGUGUAAAAGACACUUUCAUGUAUUAUGCCAUUAAAGGGAAAUUGCAGAUAAAAUACAGUUUUAUAAUAUAUAAAAAAAUAGCAUUGUUUUAAGUCUGCUCCAAAUAAACUGACAGUGCAUAAAACAUAUUAAAUGCGUUGCUAAUGCAUAUUUGUAUACAAAUUCACAUUGUCCAUUGAACUAAGAUUAGACUGAAUUUUCUAGUGUAGCUCAAAUUUUUGAACACAAUCUUAACAAUUUUUGUCAUACAGGAGGAACAAAAAGUAUAUAUUAAAAUUGUGCAAUGGGCAGGCGAGAUGUUAUUUAAACAGUUUAAGUAUACAUUAUUUAUAAUGUAUCUGCUUAGGCUUGGGUUCCCCCUCCCCCCCCCCCCCUUCCCUCCCUAUUUAAUAUGUUAUGAAAAUAAUAUGGUAAAACAAUGCAAACAUUUGUUAUAAACAUAUUAAAGAGAAACUUUGCUCCUUUCAAACAAAAAUAUUUAAUAGAAUUAAAAAAACCCACACACAUUAAAGAAGAAAUGUUCAAGUUUAAAUUUCACAAUUGUAUGUACAUCUGCAGCCUCUCCUUGGACUAGGAGGUGGCUGAGACUUUUAAACAAAUCUUAGCCCUCCAAUUUUUUUCUUCAUUGGAGUAUCGUGCAUUCCAAAAGCCAAACAAAGUACGCGCUAAUGCAAUAUCUACUUUGUCAGCUUUACGAGUAGCUUCAUUCAUGAAAACGUAUAAAUAAAUAAACUUUCAUGAAUUUAGUUAAUUGUAGAUAUGUGUGCAAUUACUUUUCAGUAUACAGUAUGCAGGUACUCGGAGUGUCCCUUUAACAUGACAUUUCCACACUUUUCUAUGUUGAAUUUUUUGGGAGGUGACAAAUACCUUGUGAUCAAACUUAUCUUCAAUUUGAACUCACACUGAUCUACAUAUUUGAGAAAGUUAGAAAUGAUCUUCCAUAUAAACAGAUGCACUGCUCUACAGAUUAUAUCCAUUUCACUCUUCAUUUUAAGUGCCCUUCUUUCUUUAUUACUACCAGUCUUAUGUUAAUAUAAGAAUGGCAAACCAUUGUCAAAAACGUAAUGGCCAUGUGAACUAUCUUAAAUGUUAAUUAUUAGCACAGGACGUAUAGACUCAGAUUGCUAUGUGUUUGCUCUGAUGGAUGCACUUCAUAAAAUAACUUAUUCAUGGAAGUUACUAUUUAUUUUGUAAAGCCAUCUGAUGUAAAGUUAAGUUAUUUUUAUUGUAUGCCAACUGUAUGCAUGGUUUUUUGUCAUCAACUUUGUAUACACAAAUAUUUUAACUUUUUUUAAAUCAAUAAAUAUUUUAA